AAGAAGAGGAAAGGCUUUCUCGAUUACGGAGGGAAUUAGAUGACCAGAGAUUGGCGGCUGUUGUGUCAGUGCGUGAAGAGAUGGAGGCCGAAAAGUUAAAGCAAGAGGCAGAGGAGAAGGCAAGGCGCGCUGAAGAAGCCAUCCGAGAAGAGAUUGUGAAACUGAAGGAGCAGGACGAUGUCUAG